AGAACGACAAAGAGAGAACAUCCUUCUGCUGAGAGGAGCCUAGAACCACAAACUCAGACCGGAUCCAGCUCACUAAACUCCAGAUAGCCAAACCUUUUUCUGAUGCUACAGAUUUUUGAUUGUGUGUUGCACAGCAAGAAGAUGGAACACAGAGCUGUACUUCUCAUGUUUGUGAUAUCACAGGUUUUUGCUCCUGCCUGGUCCCAGGUGUGUCCACGGAGAUGCCAGUGCCCUGAGGAACCCCCCAUGUGCCCUCCAGGCGUGCCUCUGAUCUUGGACGACUGUGCCUGCUGCCUGGUUUGUCCCGCUCAAACGGGGCAGGUGUGCUCUGAGAUGAAACCCUGCGACACACGGAAAGGACUGCAGUGUGACUACUCUGUCAACAUCCACAAACGGACUGGUGUCUGUGCUGUUAACGCGGGUAAUGCCUGUGUUUUGGAUGGUUCUGUGUAUCGACAUGGACAGACCUUCUUCCCCAGCUGUAAAUACCAGUGCAUGUGCCACGACCGGCAGAUCGCUUGUGUGCCACGAUGCAACCUGGACGUCAUGCUGCCCGGUCCAGACUGCCCCGUGCCGCGCCGGGUCCAUGUUCCUGGAGAGUGUUGUGAAAAGUGGGUGUGUGGCUCGCGGGCAGAGGCCAGCGCUCUGGGCGGCCUGGCCAUGGCAGCCUUUCGCCAAGAAGAAACCGUGAGCUUUAACGGUUGGGACCCCAGCCUGAACUGCAUUGAGCAGACCACAGAGUGGGGGGCGUGCUCCGAGACGUGCGGCAUGGGGGUGUCCACCAGGGUUACGAACAAGAACCCUCAGUGUGAGAUGGUGAAGCAGAGCCGGCUGUGUAUGGUCAGACCCUGUGACGGCCUGCAGGAACAGCUGACACAACUUCCACCAACGGUACUCCUCGCAGAUGAAAAAUCCUCUGCUUACUUACACACUUUAUUCUGCAUACUAAUCCCAUGACUGUGUCUUCUUAACCAGCAAACAGGGGCAAGGUGCCAGAGGAUGGUGAGGAGUGACAAAGCCAUUCGCUUAACUUAUAAGAACUGCACCACCGUGCAGGCCUACAAGCCUCGCUUCUGCGGUUCCUGCACAGACGGCCGCUGCUGUACCCCCCACAGAACCAAAACCGCACUGGUGGAGUUCCAGUGCGCCGAGGGGAAAACCACCAGGAGGCCAGUCAUGGUGAUCCUGACGUGUGUCUGCCACAGCCACUGUCCCAGAGACAACGCGGCGUGGCCGCCAUCAGAGCCUGGGCACAGUGCAGUCAAAUUAUGGGCGUAGCGUAUUAUAUUAAUAAUGGCAAAAACAGCAUAUGAUGAGGACUGCAAAUUAUUGUGUUUCUCUAAAAUCUUAAAAAUGUAUUUAAAUAAUUAUAAUCACUACAGAAGCCUAUAAUUUGCAGCUGAUUACAGAAUAUUUAUGCUCAUGAAAGCACUUGGUUUUAUAAAACCUGUAACCUUUUUUGGAGCUUGUACAGAAAUUGAUCUCUCCUGGAGAGAGAUCUAACCGUAAGAUCCUGUGAUCAAACUAUUUUCAUGUUUUACCAACUCAAGCACUUAAACAAGGUCCCAUAUUCAGCUGCAAGUUCUGGAUGUUAGGUUAAGAUGACUUCUGUUUAAGAAGUUAAAGUAAAAAACAGAUUUUCUUUUUUUUUUUUGUCAAACAGGUGUCUGGCAUACAAGUUAUAUGAAAGUGUGAUUUUUUACUGUAAUAACUAAAGCAGACAGCCAAAUACUAAGUUUGGUAUAUAAAAAGAUAUGACUAAUGCAAAAUAAAGUA